ACUUCCGUUUCGUAUGUAAACACGUUUAUGUGUUACUUAUAUUUCCGAUUCAUUCUUAAAUAUUGUGCACCGUUUAUGAAGUCAGCAGACUGCUAUUCAGUCUGACGCAUUAAUGACUCUGAUGAGUGCAGAACAACUGUCGCUAUGCACUUGAUAAUGCUGUAAAGAGCACUAAUUAUUAUUGAUUAUUGACUGAUUGACUGAUUGAUGUUGUUUCGGUUCGGUACGGGAUGGCUGCGUGUUUCGCUCUGCCGAAGCUCAAGGAUUUUAUUCUCACCGAGAAACUGGGAAGCGGCACAUAUGCGACAGUUUAUAAAGCCUACAGAAAAACUGACAGCCGAGAGGCAGUGGCUGUGAAGGUGGUCAGUAAGAAAAGUCUCAAUAAAACAUCAAUGGAAAAUCUGUUGACAGAAAUUGAAAUCCUGAAAACAGUUCGUCAUCCUCACAUUGUGCAGCUCAAAGAUUUUCUGUGGGACGGCGAUAAUAUCUAUCUGAUUCUGGAAUGGUGUUCCGGAGGAGAUUUGUCCAGUUUUAUCCGCAGUCGUAGGAUUCUUCCAGAGAGAGUGGCCCGUCGCUGCCUCCAGCAGAUUGCAUGUGCUCUUCAGUUUCUCCAUGAGAAGAACAUCUCUCAUUUGGACCUCAAACCUCAGAACAUUCUACUGAGUGGAAACGUGUUAAAGCUCGCAGAUUUUGGCUUUGCGCAGUACAUGUCCCCAUGGGAUGAGCAGCAUGCUCUGCGAGGCUCUCCACUCUACAUGGCUCCAGAGAUGGUGUGCAGUCGACAUUAUGAUGCUCGAGUUGAUCUCUGGUCUGUUGGGGUCAUUCUUUAUGAGGCUUUAUUUGGUCGAGCUCCAUUUGCCUCUCGUUCGUUCGCUGAACUGGAGGGGAAAAUCCGAAGUGAGAAACCAGUCGAGCUGCCGUCUGGAGUGCAUGUUUCUCGUGACUGCAGAGAUCUGCUGCUGCGGCUGCUGGAGAGAGAUCCGGAUGCUCGCAUCACAUUUGAUGAGUUUUUCUUGCAUCCCUUCGUAGACCUGGAACACAUGCCCAGUGCAGACAGCCUCGCAAAGGCCGUGAGUGUGUGUAAAGCACUGGUGUUGCAGGCCGUUCAGAAGGAUCAGGAUGGAGAGCGAUCUGCUGCGUUAUCACUGUACUGUAGCGCACUUGAACACUUUGUUCCUGCUAUUCAUUAUGAAACUGACCGACAGAGGAAGGAAGUGCUGAGACAAAAAGUGAAUCAGUAUGUUUCUCGCGCUGAGGAACUCAAAGCUCUUGUCAAAUCAGACAACAGGAUCAGUUUCGAGCAGGCAAAGUCAACCAGGAAUAUACUAAUAGAAAUGUCUAGAGAUCAGCCACGUUUACGAGCUGCCCUAGAGUUAGCAUCCACCGCUGUUGCCCGGGAGGAGAGUGGUGCGGAGGACUAUGACACUUUAGAUUUAUAUCAGCAGAGUUUGGGUGAGCUGCUGCUGGCGCUAGCGGCUGAAUCUCAAGGCCGUCGGCGUGAGCUGCUCCAUGGCGAGAUUAAAAGUCUAAUGAGUCGAGCUGAAUACUUCAAAGAGCUGAUUAAGAUGCGGGAAACUCAGACCGAUGAAUUGCUGAAGAAAGAUGCUGCUGCUGAAUCAGUGAGAUCCUCCUGUUGUUUACAGUGAGUCGCAGGUUCACACCAUGGCAAUAGAAAUGUAGCAUGUCACAUAACUAGAGAAUUCACAGGAAGUGAUUGGAUCUCCUCAUGUGUGAAUAAUGUGAUGUGAUGCUCACCUGGCAGACUGUCAAACUACUGUAACUGUAUAUAGUAGCUGCAGUGUUAAAAUGUAUAUAACAGGAAUCUUUGUAUUAAGAAAAAGACCUUUACACCUGAAAGAAUUGGAAGUGCUGGACAAGUAAUGACUAUAAAAUCACUGUUUCACUCUCUCUCUCUCUCUCUCUCUCUCUCUCUCUCUCUCUCUCUCUCACACACACACACACACACACACACACACACACAGACAGACAGACACAGACAGAGCUUCAAACCUGACCACAGGCCCACCACAGAUUUGGCCACUGCUCCACCACGAGAAAGGUGUGGUUUUUUUGUGUUUACUCUGGGCUGGCACACAUCACACUCCCUUACAGCACUUUACACACUCAAUUUAUGGCCACGUAAGGACGGACACAUCUCACGCUGCUGGUUAGCAGUUUACAUUUGUGAUUUCACACUGAAUUGCUGCUCAGCAGUGGUCAAAACUCAAAAAAGGGAAGUUUUAAUGCUGACAGCUAUUGAUGCUACUGACAAAUACAUCUUGCAAUACUGGUAAAGGUUUUGUUUUGGAUGAUUUUUAUUUUAUUUUUAUGAACAGCUUUAAUUUUUGAUAAGUGAUUAUAUAUUGACUGUAUAAUCUCAAAUUAAAUUGUGCAUUAUUCUCUG